AUGUCUUCAAUGCAAUGGUCUCCGGAUCAAACCUCUCUUUUACAACUGGCGACUCUAUUGAGGGAUUGUAUGUCUUCUAAUGGUCCGCUUCGUUCCCAAGCGAUGGAAUCUUUAAAGACAUUUCAAUUACAGCCUGAAUUUUUCAAUUACUUGUGUUAUAUCCUUAUCGAAGGUGAAACUGAUUCUACUUUGAUAGCUAGUUUUGCGCCUUUGGAGUUAUCAAACUACAGGGCCACUGCUGGUAUGUUAUUAAAGAAUACUAUCUUAGAUGAUCAAAAUGAAGGAAUUUUGAAAAGAAUGGACUUAGGUUACGUCAAGGGACAUAUUGUUAGUGGAUUAUAUCAUUCCUCAGGGAAUGCGUUGUUGACUAAUGUCACUGGUAUUGUUAUCACUACUUUAUUUUCCACGUACUACAGACAACAUAGAGAUGAUUGGAGUGGGGUGAAAAUAUUGAUGGAACUGUUAGAAUUGACCUCCCAGGGGAAUAUGGGUAGUAUUAAGGCCUUAUCAAAGAUUAUGGAGGAUAGUGCACAAUUUUUUCAAUUGGAUUGGAUUGCAAAUGAAAAUAAGCAAUCGGUGAAACCCAUUGAGUUCUUAGUGGAACAAUUCUUCCAAUUUUUGGUGAAGGAAGAUUUAUCAGAAGGAGUGAAAGCAGAGGUUGUCAAGUGCCUGAAUUGUGUCAUUCCAUUACAAUGUCAAUGCUUUGUAGUCCGUAUUGAAGAAUUCUUAGAAAUAAUAUUCAGAUUUGCUCAAAUAAGUGAAAAUAAUGAAAUUAGAAUCCAAAUUUGUAUCGCAUUGGGUCAUUUGUUAGAAUUCAGGCCAGAUAAAUUGGUGAAUCAUUUAGGUGGGAUUAUUCAAUUCAUGAUUCAUUUGAUUGGUGCUGUAGAUGAUGAAAAAGUGAGUAUUGAAGCUUGUGAAUUCCUACAUGGAUUUGUUUGUAACUCUAAUAUUCCAAAGCAUAUUUUACAACCAUUUGUUACGGAAAUUGUACCUGUCUUAUUAUCUAAGAUGGUUUACGACGAGGACUCCAUACUAAUAAUGGAAGCAUCUAACGAUACUGAUGAUGCAGUAUUAGAGGAUAAAGAUGAAGAUAUCAAGCCUAUUGCUCCACGUAUUGUCAAGAAGAGAGAUAAUACUGAGGGCGGCGACGAUGAAGACGAAGACGAUGAUGAAGGAGAUGUAGACACCCAAUGGAAUUUAAGAAAAUGUUCUGCAUCAACACUUGAUGCGUUGACGAACAUUUUACCAAGGGAUGUUAUGGAUGUAGCAUUCCCAUUUUUAAGGGAACAUCUAACGUCUGAUAGAUGGUUCAUUAGAGAAGCAACUGUAUUGGCACUUGGUGCUAUGGCAGAUGGGGGUAUGAAAUACUUCCAUGAUCAGUUACCAACGUUGAUUCCAUUUUUGGUAGAACAGUUAAAGGACCAAUGGGCACCUGUGAGAAAGAUGACUUGUUGGACUUUGAGUCGAUUUUCUCCCUGGAUUUUGCAGGACCAUACCGAGUUUUUAAUCCCUGUCUUGGAGCCUAUCCUAAGAACGUUAUUAGAUAAGAAGAAAGAUGUUCAAGAAUCAGCUAUUAGUAGUGUUGCCGUCUUCAUUGAGAAUUGUGAUCCCGAGUUAAUUGAAACGUUAUUAUACAAUGAACUGUUGGAAAGUUUCAAGAAUUGUUUCCAAUUUUACAAGAAGAAGAAUUUGAUAAUUCUUUAUGAUGCAGUAGGAAGAUUUGCCGAGAAAGUAGAACUCGAUAAUGUUGGUAUGGAAGUCGUUUUACCACCUUUAAUUAAUAAAUGGACUUCAUUGCCUGAUAACGAUAAAGAAUUAUGGCCUCUAUUAGAAUGUUUAUCAUGUGUUGCAUCAUCCUUGGGUGAUAAAUUUUUGCCCAUGGCUCCCGAAGUGUAUGGUAGAGCAUUUAGAAUUCUAUGUCACUGUAUUGAAUUGGAAAGAAAAUCACAGGCAGAUCCAACUAUUGUUGUUCCUGAGAAGGAUUUCGUCAUUACAUCACUGGAUUUAAUAGAUGGAUUAAUUCAAGGAAUGGGGCCCCUUUGUGAAAAUAUUAUAUUUGCUCAGGAUGAUACGACAUUAUUAAAGGUGAUGGUUGAGUGUUUACAAGAUCCGGUCCAUGAAGUCAGACAGAGUACUUUAGCAUUAUUAGGUGAUAUGGUAUAUUUCUUCAACGGUAGAUUGGAGAUAUAUUUCACUGCAUCAGUGGAGGGUAAAGAAGUAUUUUCACAAUUCUUGAAAUUCAUUGGUACAGAAAUCAUUCAUAAUGAUGAUAAUGAAGGUGUUUCGGUGGUAAUUAAUGCUAUAUGGAGUCUCGGGAUUAUUAGCGUCAAGCUAAACUGUUUUAAUGAAUUUGUCAUUGAUAUGUCGAGGAUAAUACUUGAUUUGUUUACUACCAGUACAAGGGUACUGGAUAGUGGAAUUAUAGAGAAUUUAGGUAUAACGAUAGGACGUAUUGGUGUAAGAUAUGCUGAAAUAUAUGCUAGCGGUGAGUUUGCUAGCGAUUCUAAUUGGAGUAAAUGGUGUGAUUCUGUAAAGGAUGUGGAGGCCGUAGAAGAGAAAAGUGAAGCAUUUAUGGGAUUUUUGAAGAUUGUCAACUUAACAGGUGAACAGGUGAAAAUAAGUUCAGUGACAUUACAAAAGAUAAUAAAGGGUCUGUCUAUCAAUGUGGAUCCUACCGUGUUUUUACAAGAUGUUUACACCUUUUUGGUUAAGCAUUCAUCUGAAGUGCAAUCUUUGAAUCUCUCUAAUGAAGAGAUCACGUUCUUGCAGAAUUUCAAUAAUUAA